CCACGGCCUUUCUUUCUUCGUUGGGAGUAAGAAAAACGUAAAGAGAAAAUGAGUUGUCGGAGCUUAACUUGCUGCAACAUCCAGUUCCACUCAACAACAACACUCUCACCUUCUUCCAUAUCUUUUUCCAAUGGAAUUUCCCUUCGCUCUUCAACCUCCACCUCCAAACUUCGCGCCAAGUUUGAGAAAUUCCAAGGUGAACCUGAACCUGAACCUCCUUCAUCAUCCUCACUAGAAAUUAUCAUUACACAAGAUAAAGACGAAACCGACAGUUGUUUACCUCCAGACUUGGAGGGUGCAGUGAUACAAUCAAGUCAGGCUACUGCUUCAUUUGUAUCUUCAGGAGGGAUGAGAGCCAUUGUUGAACUUUUAAUUCCUCAACUCGAAUUCUUAGACGAUGAAGGCGCACAGUUGGAGCUCUGGGAAUUGUCAAGGCUUUUCUUGGAUACACUUAUUCAAGAAACUAAUUGUCAGAAAGUUAAAGCCGUAUUUCCAGAUGCCGGUGCUGCAGCUCUUCUAAAAUAUCGGUGGAAAGAUGCUUUGUUUAGUUUUGCAAGCUUAAGUGAUCGAAAGCUUGUAGACAGUGGUGAUGAGAUGGUGGUUAUGAUUGUUCCUGAUCAUCAGAUGUUAGAAUAUGUCGAGAAAAUUGCAUCCACUCUCUCCGAUGAUCCACCAAGGCCCCUUAUCAUGUGGAAUCCACGCCUGUAUAGCAAAGAUGUCGGGGUUGGAUAUAAUGUACGGCAGUUAAGGCAAUACUUUUUAAGCACUUUUACAACUGUCUAUCAUAUGCGACCUAUGCCAUUUGGUGCAGUAUUUCGUUGUUAUCCCGAAAUGUGGAAAGUGUUCAGUGAUGACAAGGAUAGGCCAAAUAGAUAUUUGCUUGCAAAAGAAUAUGCCAACCGUCCUGAUACUGAAGAUAUUGAGAUGUUAUUUGGCAACAACGAAGAACAGAAAUCAGAGCAAGGACAAAGCCUGUUUGACAAAGCGGCUGGCGUUUUCUCUUCGGUUAACCGUUUCAUGAAGUCUAUGUGAUGAUUCUUGAUUGAUGGUGCUCUUUCACAUUUGUUCUCAUUCGUGAUUCAUGUAAAUUUGUGUUUUUUCAAAUUAAUUUUAGAAACCUUACAGCUUGUAUCAUAUACUAUAAUGCAUGUAUUAAUCUUGUGAUGUGUUUCACUAUAUAGAAGAACACAAGUAAGAAAGAGACUUGCUUUUAGCAUACUUUAGAAAUGAAAGGAAACGUUCCGUGGUA